GUUUCAGGGUUUGAUUAGUGUUAUUUUUAUUCUUUAUUACUGUAAAGUGUAUGAUUGAUGAUGGCACCCGCUGAAAAAGAGGGAGACGUACAGAAUAAUGCUGAAUGCGAUUCGAUGAGUGGCAGUGUUUCGGUGGAUGAAUGGGAUGCAGGAAAGCAAGUGUACUUUAAUUAUGUCAUUAUGUGCAAGGUGGUCAGUUUUGUGAAUGAUAUCAAGGAUCGACAGAAUUUGGAACUUUCUAGCAUAGCUAUGAAUAAUCUGAGUUCACGUGUUCCUUAUAUCAGCUAUAACAGUGAUAACAGCAUUUUGGAUAUGUAUUUUACGAGGGUCGAACCUGUGAUGAACAUAAGUAUUGCGGGCAACGAUUUCAAGGUGACGGCAUUAACAUCCAGUGUUCGACGUACCUUUGCAGAUAGUCCGAUUUCUCAGCCCAAUGCUUGCAUUCUUAAAAUGCAGCAUAUUAUCAAACGUUUCUCACGACAAAUUCAUCGACUGCAUAUUGGUGGCAUAUCGGAUUUUGAGCGUCGACUCGGCUACAUUCCAGAUCAUCAACUUGUAUUGAGUCGAGAUCUAUGUGAUGAGUUCGAUCGAUUAAAAAAUGUGGACUCCCUAGUUCUUCGCAAUCUUUGUUUGAUGUCAUCGGUAAUCGAAUACUGGAGCAGCAACGAAUGUUACCUUACCAACCGAAUUUCGAGUCUUUGCUUCCAUAGUAUCUGGUUCGAUCAUGCCGAAGACAUCGACAAUUUUGUGGCAAUAAUUUCCGGAAGCGUCAAAAAAUUGUAUCUCUCAGAUUGCAGCGGAAAAACAAUUAUGAAUAUAGGGGGGCGGCUUCGUGCCCUCCCUAACAAGCUUGACAUCCUUUAUAUAGCCAUCGAUCAUCGGACAUUUCGAACUGUGGAUCAGGCGCGCCAGUUGUUCACGGAAGCGUCUGAGUUAGCCAACAAAUUGCAUAUCUGCGCCUGUUUCUCGCGUUUUGUAUGCCAACCUGGUUUCCGAAUACUGGUAAAUGUUAUCUCUUUAUUACCGGAAUUCCAGCAAAUAACUGCAGUGGAAUUGGAUUUAGGACCUUUACGAAAGAAUAUGCGAACAUAUGACCAGUUUUUUUCAGGCCUACCUCAGAUGUCACAGCUGCGAGUUCUGCGUUUGUUCGGCUUCCCGAUCAACUAUGGCUGCAUGGACCUUUGGAAAUUGAUGUUGCGAUCUAUCGCGGAAUUAUCACAGAUUACGGAAUUUUCGGUAAUCAAUUUGUUAAGAAAUAUUCGAACCGAUGAACUGAAGGCUUUCUGCGGGUCGCUGCCUAUCAAUCUGAGCACUUUCGCGCUUCAUCACGUUCACCAGUUGCAGGAUGAUCAUUUCAGCCUUAUUGCUCAGCGUUGUCCUAGACUGGACACAUUAUAUGUGCGUGAUCUGCGGUCGGUAACAUCAGAAGGCAUAAUGAAAGCUUUGAUGGAAUUCCGAAUGUUGACCAAGAUAGCCGUAUGUCAUUCGGGUCCAGUUACAAAGCAGGCCUACGAAUUACUGGCCAAUCGUGAAGCUAUGCCUCAUAUCGAAGCCGUUAUUUUAGGUGGUAACAGAGAUCAUCAGAGCGGUACUGUCCUGAAGGCUUUGCUGCAUCGACUACCACAGUUCCGCGUGAUCGGCACAUGGAAUCGAUGGCGUGAUUGUGAAUAUCAUCUGUGGCGUAGUAGUAAGGCUUAUAAAGAAUUACUUGACGCGUCGUGCUAUGCUGAUUGUCCAGGAUGUGGCAAAGACGUGAGCCUGAUUGAUGAUGACGAUGACAUUCCGUAGAGCAUGUCAUCGAAACUCUUACGAUCGCUUUGUGAAUAGUUUAUAGCUAAUUAUAUAAUGAUAUUAUCUGUAUAAAAAAUGUCAUUCAUUGACUGAUAUUCUGAAUCUACCUUAGGUUUUUUUAUUUAAGAGAUGUCUUCGUUGUACAUUGUUUAUAUAUCAUCACUAAUUAUUCUUGAUGGGUUUAAGCAUAUUUAUUGCUAUAGGGAAC